AGAGCAACGAGGAAAAGGACCAUGGCAUUUGCUGGGAUGCUGAGGGACGAGGACAUCCAGGCUGCCGUGCAGGCAUGUCAAGCACCAGGCACAUUCAACUACAAAACUUUCUUUGCACAAGUGGGACUAGUGGACUCAUCGGAAGCAAACUGGAAAGAUGUGUUCAUAGUCUUGGACCAGGACAGGAGCGGAUUCAUUGAAGAGGAGGAGCUAAAAUUAUUCCUUCAGAAUUUUUCCCCUGGUGCAAGGGAACUGACAGUGGCCGAAACCAAGACUCUGAUGGCGGCGGGGGACAGAGAUGGUGAUGGCAAAAUUGGGAUUGAAGAGUUCUGCCAUCUCCUGAAGUGA